AUGGAUAUCUUCUGGUGCCUGAUGCUCGCUCUCCUCCUCUACCGAGAAACGUGUGCUGGUGACGGGGCAGAGGUGUCUGGGGCUGUGGGCAGGUCCGUCACCUUCAGCCUCCAGAGCCUGGAUGGAGGAGCCGCAGCCUGGAGCUUUCACAACGACGUCAUAGCAACCGUGAAAUUUGGUGAUCCUCCUGAAGCCACGUUUUUUGAUGACAACUACAAGUUGCGCUUGGCCUUCCCUGAGAACGGCAGUGCUCUCACCAUCUCCCAGCUGAGGAUGGACGAUGCCGGUACCUACACCGCAAAGGCCUCGGGGGUAAAAACCACCUUCACCCUACAUGUGUACAGAGAGCUGGCGGUGCCAACGGUGACCUGCGUGGCACAGAACUGCUCGACCAACAGCUGCCACUACAUGCUGCACUGCGCCGCAUCCAGCCCCGGCUCCGGCAAUGUCUCCUACGGCUGGAGCCUGGGGGGCUGGCCGUGGGGCGAGGGCCCCACGGUGCAAGUGGAGGAGUCUCCCCUAGACGAGCCGCCGUCACUGCUCACAUGCACAGCACAAAACCCUGUCAGCAGCCGUAACUUCACAGUCACCUCGCCUGCUGCCCUCUGUGCAGGUACCUACUCCAGCAGACAGGCUGGAAUCGUGGCCGCAUCAGUGAUUGGAGCUGGAGUGCUUUUGGCAGUGGUUAUCUUCGUGGUCUACAGUAAAUCCAAAGGCUGGAGGAUCUUCCGCUUGCCUGCAGCUGUGGCUACAAACACAG